AGUCCGUCGAACGGGACGACCGCGCGCAAAGACUUCUCCUGUUUCUUACGGCGCAGCGCUGGCCAGGUUCAGGCAUCUACUGCAGCGCUCCAUGGCGGCGGCCGGCCCCGGGCCCGAGGCCCAGACGCCGGAGCCGCCCACGGAGUCGCCGCCCUGCAACGACCACCAGCAAACGACGGUCGCGACAGUGACGCCACCGCCACCGGUGGACGAAGAGGAGCCCGCGCCAGCAGCGCUCGAACCCCCCCAGCACCAUCGGGCAGGUGAGCCCCGGCCUCCGGGCAAUUGGCCGCUUCCUGAGCUGGGCCGUUUCCUGCUUGCGGGGCCGCCCAGCACCAACGAGCCGCUUCCUGCGGUUGGAGGCGGCCGCUCCUCGUGUCGCGCAGCAGCCGCAGCCAUGGAGAGCAACAUCACGCUGUGGCAGUUUCUGCUCGAGCUGCUGCUGAGCCAGCGCUACAGCCACAUGAUCACCUGGACCAACGAGGAUGGUGAAUUCAAGCUCGUCAACGCCGAAGAGGUGGCGCGCCUCUGGGGGCUCCGCAAGAACAAGCACAACAUGAACUACGACAAGCUGAGCCGGGCGCUCCGCUACUACUACGACAAGAACAUCAUCAAGAAAGUGCUGGGCCAGAAGUUCGUCUACCGCUUCGUCUCGUUCCCGGAGAUCGUCAAGACGGAGAAUAAGAUCCCAUUCCACGUCAAGAUGGAGAGCAUGGCGCAGGCGCCGCAAGACCUCAGCGUCAAAGGUCGUGAGCGCAAGCGCUCGCUCUCCGACGAGGACGAGCCGGCGGCCGACGACGUCUCUUCCACGAGCAGCGGAGGAGGCAAGCGGGCGAGGCCGGAGUCCGACACCGACUCGUGCCCGUCACCAGGCAGCGGAGGAGCCGGUGCCCUGUGCCUUUCCCCGUUCCUGGCGGCCGCCGCCGCGCACCACCGCGGCAAGCUGGCGCUGCCCCUGUACCCUCCGCUGUCGGCGACUCGUCCCUUCAACCUGCCGCCUUUCCCGCCGUUCGGGCCCUUCGUCCCGUACUCGCCGUUCGAGCCGCAGCUCGUCUUCUCGCCCGCCGCAAAGUCCAUCCCAGUGCUGCAGUGACACCAUAACCCGAGCGCUGGACGCCGGGCAGUGCUGCCGCCGAACUAUCAUCGUUACUUGUUUUUUUUUUUU